AUGAAUCCUCAGACGCCCAUUCCCAUAGAGGCCCUGGUGGAGCAGAAUGCAGAAGAGGCCGCCCCGAAUCAGGGGCCCUCCAUACUCUCUGACAACCCUCAGGAGCGCAUCCAGGCCCGGCGCCUCCGCAUCGCAGCGCGUCUGGAAGCCCGGAGGCGGGAAGCAUUGGGAGAAUAUUUAGAUGGGAAGAAGGAAAGUGAGGAAGACCAAAGCAAGAGCUACAAACAGAAAGAAGAAAGCAGACUGAAACUAGCUAAAUUGCUGCUCUGUGGCACAGAGUUGGUGACCAACAUCCAGGUGGCUACAGACAUCAGAGAGAUCCACAGGCGGGUAGAGGAAGAGGAGCUAAAGCGGCAGAGAAUUGAGAAGCUGGAAAAUGAAGUUAAGACCAGCCAGGACAAAUUUGAUGAAAUCACUGCCAAGUGGGAGGAAGGCAAACGCAAGCAGAUUCCCCAGGAGCUGUGGGAGAUGCUCAACCACCAGCAGCAGCACUGUGCCAGGCUCAUAGAAGAUAAGAACAAGUUGAUCAGUGAAUUACAGCAGGAGUUAAAAGUAAAGGAUGACCAGUAUGUGAAGGACUUGAAGAAACAGUCAGAUGACAUUGCCUUGCUUCUGGAGCGGAUGGAAGAGCAGGUGAAGAAUGUGAUGAAAACCUUUCGCCAAGAGCUCUCUCACAUUGAGAAAGCCUUUGAGGUGGAGCGCCAGGAGCUGUUGACCAGUAACAAGAAGAAAUGGGAGCGGGCACUGCAGACUCACAAUGCCAAAGAGCUGGAGUACCUUAUAAACCGCAUGAAGAAGGUGGAGGACUACGAGAAGCAGCUGAACAAGCAGCGGGUCUGGGACUGCGAGGAGUACAACUCGAUCAAGAUCAAGCUGGAACAAGAUGUGCAGAUUCUUGAGCAACAGCUUCAGCAGAUGAAAGCAACUUAUCAGCUAAAUCAAGAGAAGUUAGAGUACAACUUCCAGGUGCUGAAGAAGAGAGACGAGGAGAGCACAGUGAUUAAAUCUCAGCAGAAGAGGAAAAUCAAUCGGCUGCAUGAUAUACUUAACAACCUGAGGUCAAAAUAUGCCAAGCAGAUAAAGAUGUUUCAUGAGGAGAAUCAGAAUCUGACCUCUGAUUACCAACGACUGGUGAUACAGUUCAAAGACCUACAGAAAGCCAUGAGGCACUUUGCUCUUAUUGAUGAAGAGAAGUUUCGCGAAGUUUGGCUGAUGAAUGAAGAGGAGGUGAAGGCCAUAGUGGCCAAAGCCUUUAACGUCGACAUGGUCAUCAGCACCCAGCAUCUGGGGCUCCCAUGGACGGCACCUGAUUACUGGUUCCUGAAGAACGUGGGCCCGCUUUCCCAGCAGCAGCAGAAGUCAGCCACGCAGAUAGUAGAGGAGGUGCUGAUGCAAACAGAAGAGGAAGGGAAUGAAGAAGCAGUCCCAGGAAUGGAAACUUACAUGGAUCUUCCCAAGCAAAUUUCACCACAAACUACCAGAAAGAUCCUGACGCUUCUGUGUGAUGAGUCGGGCUUCCUCAUAGAGAGCAAGCUGCUGAGCCUGCUGCUUCCCCUGGAGCGAAGUGAAUGCUAUCUGCUGAGGCUGGAUGCCAUCUUCUCUGCUCUUGGAAUCGAAAGUGAGGAUGACUUGUAUAAACUGGUGAACUUCUUCCUUAAGUACCGGGCUCAUCAGUUAUCGCCCAGCCAGGGAAGCCUUGGAGAUCAGACAAAAAUGGAUCGAUCAAGCUUUCUGUCAGCAUUGGAGAGACCGAGCUUGAUGUCAGCACUGGAGAGAUCAAGCCUGAUGACGAUUGAGAGAUCGAGCCUGAUGACAACGGAGAGAACAAGCUUGAUGUUAGCGCUGGAGAGAUCGAGCCUGGCGAGAUCGAGCCUGACAUCUGCAUGGAGCAAGAAAAAAUUCCUGCCCAAAUUGAAGCUUGAGCUCCCAGAGCUAGAGUCCUCAGAUCAGGAGCCUUCAGGGCAGGAGUCUUCAGGGCAGGAGUCUUCAGGACAGGAGUCUUCAGGGCAGGGCCCCUCAGCAUGGGAGGCGUCCGCACCAGCAGAAGGAGAGGACCAAGACAAAGAAAGGCAGACCUCCAUUUCAUCUGAGCUAAUUCACCCCAAUGAUGUUCUCAAGAUUCUAGAGGCUUUUGUCAUGGGGCUGAAUAAACCCAGGGACUUGGCUACAACACCGAGAAAGCGGAAAGGAGCCCGAGAUGACUCAAAAGACUCGCAGUAUUGGGAGGCUCUGACCACAGUCAUCCCUCCUGUCAAGCAGAACCUCUGGGAUGCACUCUACGAAGCUUUGGAGAAAUACCACCUCUUGCUGACGGAGAGGACCAGGCUGCUGAGGGAAAACAAUAAUCUGGAGAAGCAGAACGCAGACCUUCAGGCAAUGCUACAGCAGUAUCUGAACUCCAAGAUAAACUCGGAACUGCAUAUUCCUCCAACUCAAGUGUUCCAGAUGCCCACAAAAUAGAGGCAAAUCUGAGCUGGUGCUGGUGCAGAAGCCAGUGCCUACAUAUCUCUCGAGGACUCGGGACAUCUCAUUUUCCCAAGAUGUCUGUAUCCACAUUUCAGAAUCAACCUGUAUGUAUAGUUCUGAUU